CUUUAUUCCAUUUUUUUUAUCUUUCUUUCUUCUUCUUUCUCCCAAACGCUCUUCUUCUUCGAUCUCUUUUUUUUUUUUUUUAUUACUUCUCUGAAGCCAUAAGAGUUGAAGAAUUCAAAGGAUUGAUCUGACUAUAAACAGAAACUUCCAGAGCUUGGUGAAGGAGCAGCCACCCUAACUUUUCAAUCCCUAAAGGUGAAGUUUUUGUUCUUCUUUUUCUUUGAUUCUACUCUUUUUUUUGUCACCAUAGCGAAAUAGCGAUCUGGGUUGGCGUUUUUAUCGACGGAUUUUGGUGGGUUCGUGUUAGAUUUUGGUGGGUUUGAGUUGGUGUUAGAUUUUGGUGGGUUUGGGUUCGUAUUAGAUUUUACUUUUACAGAUUCAUGUAUGUGUUUGAUCUUAAUUAGUAGCUUUGGUAAUACUCAAAUCCAACUAGUAAUUGAUCUUAAUUACGUGACGUUGAUAUUUUGUGUGUUGUGAGUCAAUCAGCGAGCUACUUCUAGUAUUUGAACUAAUCCUUUCCGUCAAAGAAGAGAAGGUACUUAUUUUCUUCCCUUAAAUUGGUCAUUAUUUUUGAUCGAAUCCAAGGGUUUCACUUUAAGCUUUGAUUCAUAUUAAGGUGCUUAGUACUGAACGUGACCUAAAUAUUUUCGAUUUAGAAACGUUAUUGAUGUUGAUGUUCCCAUUGCAUCAUGAUUUGUGGGAACGAGAAUCAUCUGUUCCUUGAUGUUGAUGUUCCCAUUGAAUUUUUCAGGAGCAAAAACUCUGAUUUUGGAGCAUCGUUAGUGUUGUUCUCUUCCCAUAUUGUUAAAACGACUUCGUUUGGUUGAAGAAAAAGCUUCCUGUGGUUGAAGUCUCUCUGCUCAACCUAAGAGAUGAAAAUAGUCAAGGCAAAUGCAGGAGCACUGACCAAUUUCGAAGUGCUUGACUUUCUUAACUCGAGAGGUGCAUCAAAAGAUACUACAAGAGUUAUAGCUCCAAUUGCUAGAUCAGAAUACAAGGUCUAUGAUUAUUUGGUGGAGACUGCUGCUUCCACUCAAACACGAGAGAGCAUUAACAAAUUCGCAGACAAGUGUAAAGAUUUCAAACUCGCUAAAGCUGAGAUUCUCAAUAUCAUCAAUCUCCGGCCUUCUUCUAUAGUCGAACUGUUACCGGUUUGUUUGUUGUUUCUAGCUUAUACACUACCAUUUCUAUCACUGCAUUUAAUUUCUCUUCUUCAUGGUUUAUAACAUUUGUUGAUUGUGACUCUCUUGUAGAUCAUAGAGAACCUGGAUGAUCGAGAAAUCGACACUGAUGGGAUAUUAGAGCUUGUGAAGGAUUUGUUACCUCCUCUGCCUACAACUGCAAGUCCUAAAGAUGAUGAUGAAGAAGAAACAGAGAAUGGUGAACAGUCGUGACGUGCUAAUGAAGUUGUUGAGUUUAUGUUUUGAUUUUGUAACCAUCCUCUUAAACGCUUAUUAACUAGAUUGAGUUUGUUAUCUUUUAAGUUAAGAAGAUAAUCGAUCGAACAAUUUACGUCCAUUCAUUAACAAAGAAAAAAAAAACAGGUCCAUACUAAAUGAUUUAAACUUUA